AUGGAUGGAAACGCCUGCGAUGCUGGACAGCGGCACGAAAAUGGGCCACGGGGAGCGUGGUUGACGAUGCUGCCGUGGAUAAUCUUGUGUAGCUCCAUGUGGAUGACGGUCGACGGUCAGACGAAGAUCUCGCCGGAGAUUGUGCAGAAGUGGGCAGAGUCAUUUGGCAAAGAAAUCGCGUCCCUCUCCAGCAAAUACUCUGGAGCUGAACUGCUACAAAAAAAAUAUAAGGACGUGGAGGGCGUGCUCAAGAUUGAGGAAGUGGACGGAAAUGAGCUGGUGAAGAAGUUUGCAGAGGAGAUGGAGAAGAUGCUUGGGAGGAAGAUGAAAUCUGUUAAGAGAUUAGCUGAAGCCGCCGAGGAUGCUGAUCUUUACCAUGAGUACAAUGACACCCUAGAGUUUGAAUACUACAACUCUAUGCUGAUAAACAUGGUGGACGAAGAUGGAAACCCGCUGCCUUUGGGAGGAGAGUUCCCUUUGGAAAAGAACGAACACUUUAGCAAACUGCCGGUUAACACGCAGCAGAGUAACAUCCAAGUGCCCACAAAUGUCUACAAUAGAGAUACGGAUAUUCUGAACGGAGCAUACAUGUCAGAGGCUCUCAAUGAUGUGUUCAUUGACAACUUCCAGAAGGAUCCCACCCUCACCUGGCAGUAUUUUGGCAGUUCUUCGGGUUUCUUCAGGCUGUAUCCAGGGAUCCAGUGGAUCCCGGACGAGAACGGGGUCGUCACUUUUGAUUGCAGAAACAGGAACUGGUACAUCCAGGCAGCGACUUCCCCUAAAGAUGUGGUCAUUGUGGUGGAUGUGAGCGGCAGCAUGAAGGGUCUCCGACUCACAAUAGCCAAACACACCAUCAACACAAUACUGGACACGCUGGGGGAGAACGACUUUGUCAACAUCAUAGCUUAUAGCGACUACGUUCGAUACCUGGAACCGUGCUUCAAGGGAAUUUUGGUCCAAGCUGAUCUGGAUAACAGAGAGCACUUCAAACUCCUGAUCAACGAGCUGCACGUCAAAGGAGAAGGCAAAGUGAAGAAUGCCAUGAAGGAGUCUUUCAAGAUCCUCAACGAGGCUGCAGCGCUGGGCCAGGGCAGCCUGUGUAACCAGGCCAUCAUGCUGAUAACAGACGGCGCGAUGGAGGACUUCCAAGAUGUCUUCGAAGAGUUCAACUGGCCUGAACGGCGGGUUCGAGUUUUUACUUAUCUCAUCGGACGCGAGAUGACGUUUGCCCAAAAUGUCAAAUGGAUUGCCUGCAAUAAUAAAGGUUAUUACACACAUAUUUCCACGCUGGCUGACGUCCAAGAAAACGUUAUGGAGUACCUACAUGUUCUCAGUCGGCCUAUGGUCAUCAACCACGACCACGAUAUCAUCUGGACAGAAGCCUACAUGGAUAGUGUGCUGUUUAACAGUCAAGCCCAGAGUUUGCUUCUGAUGACAUCUGUUGCAAUGCCCGUGUUCAGCAAGAAAAAAGAGACGUUGUCUCAUGGAAUUUUGCUGGGAGUUGUCGGAACUGAUGUGGCCUUGAAGGAACUGAUGAGAUUAGCGCAAAGAUACAAGCUGGGUGUCCAUGGUUACGCCUACCUCAUUACCAACAACGGCUACAUCCUUUCUCAUCCUGACCUCCGACCUCUGUACAAAGAAGGGAAGAAACUAAAACCAAAGCCUAACUACAACAGCGUGGACUUAUCCGAGGUGGAAUGGGAAGACACUGAGGAGAAACUCAGGACAGCUAUGGUCAAAGGAGAAACUGGCACGUUGUCCUUAGAUGUGCGGACCUCAGUGGAUAAAGGCAAACGGGUGAUGUUUCUCAAGAAUAAUUACUUCUACACUAGCAUCAAUGAGACGCCUUUCAGUCUUGGUAUAGUGCUGACAAAAGGAUACGGGCAGUAUAUAUUUAUUGGAAAUGUGUCUGUUGAAGAAGGUCUUCAUGACUUACUCGCUCCUGAUUUGACCAUAGCCAGCGAAUGGACUUACUGUGAGACCGACAUUGACCCUGCACAUCGUAAACUGAGCCAGUUGCAGGCCGUCAUCAGAUACUUGACGGGGAAAGAACCAGAUCUGGAGUGUGAUCCACAGCUCAUGCAGCAAACUUUAUUUGACGCAGUAGUGACUGCGCCAAUGGAAGCCUACUGGACAGCCCUCAUGCUUAACCCGACUAGAAUGGAUGACGGCAUUGAAACCGCUUUUCUCGGCACGCGUUCCGGCCUCAUGAGAUUUCAGCGUUACACUGGCAUCGAAAAGCGAGUUGGCAUGUCGUUCCUGACAGCCACUGAUAAGGAAAAUAUGUUCACCCUGGACCACUUUCCUCUGUGGUUCCGUAGGGCAGCUGAGAGCCCGGCCGGUCAGUUCUUGUACUACAUGCCCCGACAGGACACCAGAGCUGGGAGGAUUGUGAUCGCAACCACUGCCGUCACUGUGACAGUAGGCAAGAAGACUGCCAUCGCUGGAGCUAUUGGUGUCCAGAUGACUCUGGAAGUGUUAGAAUCCAAAUUUUGGGCUAUUGCAUCGCAGCCAAACGACACUGAUUGCUCUGACGUAGAAGGAGUUUGUCCUCUUCGCUGUGACAGCUUUGAUAUGGAGUGCUACGUGAUUGACAAUAAUGGGUUCAUCCUCAUUUCUAAACAGCGUGCUGAUGCCGGAAAAUUCUUCGGCGAGGUCGACGGCUCGGUCAUGACGAUGCUGAUCCGAAUGGGCAUGUUCAAAAGAGUGUCUCUGUUUGACUACCAGGCUAUGUGUAAGAUGAACGUUCACUCCACCAGCAGGGCCCGACCGCUUCUCAGCUCAUUCUACGCUCUAGCAUCCGCCCUCAAGUGGUUCCUCUCCAACUUCUUACUGUUUCUUCUUGAGUUUAAUGUCUGUGGAUUCUGGCACACGGAGCAUUUUGCAGAUGCUUCCUUGCACAAGAAAAAGGGUGACAUCCUGCAGCCAUGUGAUACAGAGUACCCCAGUUUUGUCUACGAGCCAUCAGUCAAAGAGACCAACAGCAUCAUUAAGUGUGGACGCUGCCAGAAGAUGUUUGUAGUGCAGCAAAUCCCGCAGAGCAACCUGCUGAUGUUGGUCGUGCAGGCGGACUGCGACUGCUCCAGACAACACUCACCCAUCACCCUUGAGCCCAAGGAAGUCAAAUAUAACGCCUCAGUGAAGUGUGAGCGGAUGCGGUCCCAGAAGAUCCGAAGACGUCCUGAGUCGUGUCACUCGUACCACCCUCAGGAGAAUGCAAACGACUGUGGAGGAGCUUCUGCCGCAUCACUCUCUGCCUUCCUCUUCCUCGUGUGUCCCAUCGCCUCAUUGCUUUCCUGA